GCAUUUAAAGGCCGGUGGCGUCGGGGAGGGGAGGACAGUGCAGUCGGGGCGGGCUGGGUCGGGGUUCUGGGACCUGCUCUUCACUCAGGUGCAAAGAUGGGGUGCUUCACCUUUAUCAAGGUCAUGAUGAUCCUUUUCAACCUGGCCAUAUUCCUCGGUGGUGGAACCCUCCUGGGAGUUGGCAUCUGGGUCUCCGUGGAUGGACAGUCGUUCGUGAACAUAUUCGGGGCACUUUCCUCUAGCGUCCUGCAGGUUGUGAAUGUGGGAUACUUCCUCAUCGUCAUUGGUUCCAUCCUCCUGGUGAUUGGCUUCCUUGGGUGUUGCGGUGCCCAGAAGGAGAGCAAGUGUCUCCUGAUUAUGUUUUUCUCAGUGGUGCUGAUCAUCUUCAUCGCUGAAAUUGCUGCUGCCGUGGUGGCUCUGGCCUACACAGGACUUGCAGAGACGCUGCUGACCACUGCGGUGACCCCUCUCCUGAAGGAGAAGUAUGGGACAGAUACUAGUUUCACAGAGAUCUGGAAUAUCACUAUGAAUGAGGUCAAGUGCUGCGGCCUGACUAACUACACAGACUUCACUGGCUCCCCCUGGAAUAAGGAAAACAAUGGAUACCCGCCGGCCUGCUGUGACAACCAGAGUCCCUGCAACGAGACACUGGCAGCAGAAAGAAAUGUCACGGGUUGUUUCCAUCAGAUCUUGGAAGAAAUCAGGACUAACGCGGGUGUGGUGGGCGGCGUGGCAGCUGGCAUCGCUGCCUUGGAGAUCGCAUCCAUGGCUGUUUCCAUGUACCUGUACUGCCAUCUGGAUAAGAAAUGACCCCACGAGGCAGGAGGACGAUCUAACCCCCCGCACCACGCUGGGAUGCGCCCGUGACCUGUUGUGCUCUCGGGGGGACCCCAUCGCUUCCUGAGCCUGAUGCAGUCCUGUGCACUGUGAUUUAUAGCUGUGUUUUGAUCUACUGAGCUGGGAUCUGUAGAAUUUGUGUAUAUUUUUGUACUGAUGUGGCACACCAAUUCUGUACAUAGAGAUCUGGGGCUGUUUUUGAAGGGAUUAAAGGGGGGAAGCUGCUUGGUCUGUUUGGCCGAUGCCAGCAGGAGAUAAAGCAACACAGGGGCUGAUCAGGGCUGUUGAUCUGGCAGUGACACAGUAAUGUCUUGAUUAAACCCUUGCAGGCAUGUCCUGCACCUCUCCCAUGCCAUCCCCACGAUGUCCCUAUGUGGGGACAGGGCAGGGGUUGGCACUGAGGCUGGCCCGGCCCCCCCCCAGCAUCCCUCCAUUGAACUGGGGCUGAGCCAAGGUGUUGUAGGUGGUAACUACACCCUCAAAUGGGGACAUAGCUACCCUUACACUAAUUUUCUGCCAGCUAUGACCCUGCCAUCAUGUUGUCCCCUAAAAGAGAUGCUGGCUGGUGUCUGCCCCUGCCCUGGCAUGAGGACAGCCCUGUGGGUCCCUGCUCCCUGGCCCUGCAGGGGAUGGGGCUGCCCUGUAUCCCCCAUCAUUUCAUGGCCAAGCUCCUCUCCAUGCUGUAAAGAGAAAUAAAUUUUUCAUCUUGGGUACAAAUUA